UCGGGAAAGAGGCAAAGUCAGAGGUAUGACACACGAUCACAUGACACUUUCUCAGGAACAAUAUUCAAUAUAACGUCAUUUAUCAUAGAUUUGUUGCAGCUUAAGCAAUUUUCGCUACAAUUGUUACAUCGCAAGUUAGCGUUUACAGCUAACGGAUACUUCGCUCUCGAUAAUAGUUUUCUUCAUUCGCUGAUCGGCACGGUGGCGACUUACUUGGUGAUACUUGUGCAAUUUCAAAUGGGGAGCUCGUGUUCGUCGAAACCUCAAUGCAAUUGUACGGGAGAAAAUGUGUCAUAAACAGAAUAGUGUAGUGAAAAUAAACAGCAGACAUAAUGUGUGCCGCUCACAAUAAGUUUUUUAAAUUGGCAUAUAAAAUCAAAUUAAAUGUUAUCGACACGCAAAACUGCACUGA